GGACCAUCAACAAAGUGCAGCAAAAUAUUUAAUUUACAGUGUCCCCAGAAAUCACUUGCAUCUCAAUAAAUUUUGGCUGAUUAUCUUAGGAACUUAUUCCCCAUAAAAUUCAAAACUAUUUAAUAACUUUAAAGCUUGAUUUUGGUGAUUUGCAGCAGAAAAUAUGUUGAGGUUCAAAUUUCAAGCUUUAAAACGUCUAUUGCACAUUUCAACAUGAAAGUGCCAGAUCCCAUCCUACUUUUAUUCAGUGGUAUUUAUAUCAGACUCUUCACAACAACAGUUACCCCAAGAUGCUUUAUAUUUUAAGGUAAAUAUAACCGAUAUCAACUACGCACUGUCACAUGACCCACGUCAGCUGAUUUGAGGUCCCUCUCCUGAUUUGCUCCUUCCAAGUCGCGGCAAGGAUGAAAACCGGCUGUGGAGGGAUACUUCCGGGUUCGUCGCCUCCCUUGGCUCGGCCAUAAAAAAAGAAGAAUCAUGGUGAAAGCUAAGUCAUGGGUAAUGACUCAGCACUUUGACGGCUUCCCAAAGAAAAGUGACUUUGGGCUGAAGGUGGAGGAGCUCCCGGAGCCCAAAGAUGGAGAGGUGCUGUUGGAAGCUGUGUUUCUCAGUGUCGACCCGUACAUGAGGCCCUUCAGCAAAACCCACAUGAAGGAGGGAGAUGUGAUGAUCGGAGGUCAGGUGGCCAAAGUGAUCCAGAGUAAAAAUCCAGCGUUUCCUGUGGGAAGCCACGUUGUGAGUGACAGCGGGUGGAGAACCCACACGCUCAGUGAUGGGACCGGCCUCACUCCCAUCCUGUCCGAGUGGCCUAAAGAUGUGUCCCUGUCUCUGGCUCUGGGUGCCAUCGGGAUGCCCGGACUGACGGCUGUUUAUGGGAUAGAAGACGUGUUGGGUCUAAAGGAGGGUGAGACCCUGCUGGUGAACGCUGCAGCUGGAGCGGUGGGCUCCGUGGUGGGACAGAUCGCCAAGAUCAAGGGCUGUAAGGUGGUGGGCUCGACAGGCUCUGAUGCCAAAGUGGCUUACCUCAAAGAGCUGGGAUUUGAUGAGGUCUUCAACUACAAAACUGUGGGUUCCUUGGAGGAGGCUCUGAGGAAGGCUUCACCUGAAGGAUACGACUGCUUCUUUGAAAACGUGGGAGGCCCUUCGUCAGAUGUCGUCCUGCAGCAGAUGAAGAACUUCGGAAGAAUAGCUGUGUGUGGAAGUAUCUCCACCUACAAUGACAGCCAACCCCAGACAGGUCCGUAUCCCUACUUCACCAUGAUCUUUAAGGAGCUGAAGAUGGAGGGAUUCUUGCAAAGUAGGUGGGAGCACAAGCACCCUGAGACCCUCAAGAGACUGUUAGCAUGGGUGAAAGAGGGCAAACUGCAGUGUCGGGAGCACGUCACAAAAGGCUUUGAAAACAUGCCGGCUGCUUUUAUGGGGAUGCUGCAGGGAGAAAACACCGGCAAGGCCAUCGUCGCAGUCUGAAGAGUUCAAUGCAAGAGAGCCAGCAUUACUAAUAACUGCCAUUAUUACACAAUCUAUCAAUUAAUGAAGGAUUAAUCAAUAACUAUGGAAAACAAUAAUUCCACAUUAACAUUUCAAAUUCCUGAUUACUUUUAUAAUCACAAUGAUAUCAAAGAUUAAAGCAACUCUGGGAUUUAGAAAUGUGAUUUCUAAUCUAAACAGCAUUACUUUAUAAUAAAUCAUUAAAGCUACAUCUGAAACAAACCAUCCACAAUUGGAAGAGUGAAACUUUUAAUCUCUAGAAUUGAAAAUUUCCUUAAGAAGGAGAAAAUGGUGAUAACUGUAAGACUUUCACUUUGCUGUGGUGAACAGUGUGGUUCUAGAA